UGUGAGCGCCGGCAGGCACACGCCGAGCGCUCUGGCAGCAGUCAUGGCAGAUGGUCCGGUGGCAGAGGUGCUGCUUCAGCGGCUGGAGGCGGCCGAUGGCGGCCUGGACAGCGCAGAACUGGCGGCCGAGCUGGGCGUAGAGCACCAGACCGUGGUGGGCGCCGUGAAGAGCCUGCAGGCGCUGGGUGAGAUAAUCGAGGCUGAGCUGCGCUCCACCAAGCGCUGGGAGCUUACCGCUGAGGGCGAGGAGAUUGCCCGGGAGGGCAGCCAUGAGGCCCGGGUGUUUCGCAGCGUCCCCCCAGAGGGCCUGCCCCAGAGCGAGCUCAUGCGACUGCCCAGUGGCAAGGUGGGCUUCAGCAAGGCCAUGUCCAACAAGUGGAUCCGAGUGGACAAGAGUGCUGCUGACGGACCCCGGGUGUUCAGAGUGGUGGAUAGCGUGGAAGAUGAGGUGCAGCGGCGGCUCCAGCUGGUCCAGGGUGGACGGGCCGAGAAGCUGGGAGAGAAGGAGAGGAGCGAGCUCAGGAAGAGGAAGCUGCUGACUGAAGCGACCCUGAAGACCUACUGGGUGAGCAAAGGCAGUGCCUUUAGCACCAGCAUCUCCAAGCAGGAAACAGAGCUGAGCCCAGAGAUGAUCUCCAGUGGCUCCUGGCGGGACCGGCCCUUCAAGCCCUACAAUUUCUCGGCCCAUGGCGUCCUCCCUGACAGCGGCCACCUGCACCCCCUGCUCAAGGUCCGCACCCAGUUCCGGCAGAUCUUCCUGGAGAUGGGGUUCACCGAGAUGCCGACCGACAAUUACAUUGAGAGCUCCUUCUGGAACUUUGACGCACUCUUCCAGCCCCAGCAGCACCCAGCACGGGACCAGCAUGACACCUUCUUCCUGCGAGAUCCAGCCCAGGCCCAGCAGCUCCCAAUGGACUACGUCCAUCGCGUCAAGCGGACCCACUCUCAGGGCGGCUACGGCUCACAGGGGUACAAGUACAACUGGAAACUGGACGAGGCUCGGAAAAACCUACUGCGCACCCACACCACGUCGGCCAGCGCCCGCGCCCUCUACCGCCUGGCCCAGAAGAAGCCCUUCACAGCGGCCAAGUACUUCUCCAUUGACCGUGUGUUCCGGAAUGAGACCCUGGAUGCCACGCACCUGGCCGAGUUCCACCAGAUCGAGGGCGUCGUGGCUGACCACGGCCUCACGCUAGGCCACCUCAUGGGCAUCCUGCGGGAGUUCUUCACCAAGCUGGGUAUCACCCAGCUGCGUUUCAAGCCGACCUACAACCCCUACACUGAGCCCAGCAUGGAAGUGUUCAGCUACCACCAAGGCCUGAAGAAGUGGGUGGAGGUUGGAAACUCCGGGAUCUUCCGCCCUGAGAUGCUGCUGCCCAUGGGGCUCCCCGAGAACGUGUCAGUCAUUGCCUGGGGCCUCUCCCUUGAGCGCCCGACAAUGAUCAAAUAUGGCAUCAACAAUAUCCGGGAGCUGGUGGGCCACAAGGUGAACCUGCAGAUGGUGUACGACAGUCCCCUGUGCCGCCUAGACGCCGAACGGGGGCCCCCGUCGACACAGGAGGCUGCAUGACACGAACCGCCCUGGAUAGGCCGCCUUCCCCAAGACCCUGCUGCCCUUUGCAUCUCUGCCAGUGACCCCCUUGUAUUUACGAGGCCUCUGUGAGGCCAGUCCCCCUGCCCCUGGUAUCUCCUCUUCCCCACUGGCCCCAGGGUCCCAGGGACAGGGGAGCGGCUAACAGGUUCAUUCUGUUGUCCACCUGUGAGGGUGGGCCUUGGGGAGCCCUGCAGACCAGCUGCUGGCUAAUAAAGUGGGCACUUGCCCUCA